AUGACCGCUGCUGUAAGACCCGUUGUUCAUAUUGUCGGACUUGGUGCUGUUGGUACCGUUUUAGCUGUUGAUCUUCUGAGAUUCACGAACGUUUCUUUGGUACCUCUUUUCAGAUCUCAAGCCAAGCUUGAUUAUUUUAGAAAUGAUUGCAAGAGCACUUUUGGAAUCCGUAAGUUAUAUGAGGAAAACACCCCGGUGUACAAGUAUAAGAUCGAGAAUAGUGAAUGUCCUACUACGUUCCCAGGUGGUAAGAUAUCUAACUUGAUAGUCACUACCAAGACAUACCAAACAAAGGAGGCCAUCUCGCCAUAUUUGCCAUAUAUUGACUCCAACACCAAUAUUAUCUUAAUUCAAAAUGGUCUCGGUGUGUUGGAAGUGUUGAGAGAUGAUAUUUUCAAGAACAGUAGCCAGAGACCACAUCUAUUCCAAGGUGUUAUCUCGCAUGGUAUAUUUCAGGAUGAGGGUUUCAUUUACAACCAUGCUGGCUGGGUUGGUAUGAAGAUUGCAAGAUUGCCAUGGACCGAUAAUGAGAUGAUCCAAACCUCGCAGUCUGUUCAAAAUGAUGAACAGAACGAACUGAUUGGUCUUUUAACUCAGAAAAUACUAGCUAAGGAGUUUGGGAUUGAACACAUGUCCUACCAAGAACUUCUUCUAGGGCAAUUGCACAAGUUCUUAGUUAACGCAUGUAUGAACCCUGUCACAGCCAUUGUCGACUGUGUUAAUGGAGAAAUGAUAGAUGAUUGCCCACCAGUAUUUAAGUCUAUUGUUGAUGAAUGUCUGGAUGUACUAAGAGUCGCAUAUAAACCAUUAUUUGACUAUGAAGAGACUUACAAAGGUAAAACUGAGUAUCCAAGUCUGUCUGUAAAUGAUACAUUGGAACCAAAACAAUUAGUAAAGGAUAUAAUAAGGGUUGGUUGUGAUUUAAACGCAAAGAACAGUACUUCUAUGAGACAAGACACUCUCUAUUUGAGAGAAACAGAGAUCAAUUAUAUUAACGGUUACAUUGUGCAAUUGGCACAGACACACAACUUGGGACCUAAUGCUUGUAAAGUGAACAAGACUAUCACUGAACUGGUGAAUCUGAGAUCAGGUCUAAAUAAGACAAGAGCAGAAAAAGGUGACUGGAGAAAAUAG